AUGCUUGUAAGCGCUACUCCAGACAUACUUAUCGUGUUAACAAGGGUAGAUGGCGGAGUUGAUGUCUUAGUUGGGGGUGCAGUACCUUUUGGAAUGAUAAAGCUUGGUCUCGACAUUUACGAAGAACCCAUCAACCAAAGCGCGCUGAAUGGAGGAUGGACUCUGCAAGGUUACGUUACCGGCCUCAGUCUGAUGCAUGAGUCAGGAACUGGAGGCGGAGCAAAGUACGGCUUCCCGGCGCAAAUGCCUUUGACUUCGAUCGAUGGCAAUGUGAACUUGCUGGAUAACAGGACGUAUUGGCAGAGGAGGGAGGGAGAAGAUGUCGCAAGCGUGGGGUACUUUCGCACGAAGUUCGAGUCUGGAGUGAUAGUCGAGCUUUCGGCAUCUCACCAUGCCGAACUACAUCACUAUACAUAUCCAGCAGCAUCAGAGACGCACGUUCUGGUCGACUUCUCACGCUACCUUCCUCAUCCUAUUCGCUCUUGGGAUUCACAAUUUUACACCGGCGGCGUAAUCAAGAUCCAUUCAAAUUCUAGCACCUACACUGGAUACACUUCGAUUGCAGGAGGCUGGUGCAUUGGUGCGCCAGUGACUGUUGAUCGUUCUGGACCGCUGAACGAUCGUGUCGGUGCCGUCUUCACACGGAACUAUGUCACAGGACAAAUCGAGAGUGGGAGUCUCUUUCAUGUUGGCCUGAGAGGGAACAUCAACUGGACCGAAGGUUAUGCUGCAGUCAGGAAAAACGCAGAGGUGCUGCCCUACUUCGACGAGAACCCAGUCAACUCUCGAGACUUACUAAAAGAAGGCCGCUCCGCACUGGAUGACUGGAUACCACUUGGUUACGUGUCUGCGGACCAUAAAUUUCGCGCCGUCUCGAAAACAGUAGAGUACUCCCUGAACGAUUUUGCCGUCAGUCAAGUCGCCGCCGGCGAAGCAUCAGGCGACCGUGACCUAUACAGCUACUUCAACAAGUAG